CUCCCCUCUCACGGCGCCGGCGUCCCGCAGUCAUGCUCAAUCUCAUCAAAUUUCCACGAGUCUUCAGCAUCGAUCAGGUGCCCAAAGUUUACCAUGAGGACAGCAUCAUUUCUGGGUACCGCCACCCCAGGAGCUCCGCCACUGACUGCAUCCUCAGCGUCUUCCAGAUGACCAAUGAGACGCUCAACAUCUGGACCCACUUUCUACCCACCUGGUACUUUCUGUGGAAACUGGUGACGGUGGUGCUGAUGCAGCAGGGAUGGCAGGACUCCUUCACCUGGCCUCUGAUGGUCUUCCUCCUCUCCUGCUGCAUUUAUCCGUUGGCGUCCAGCUGUGCCCACACCUUCAGCACCAUGUCGCCGCGGGCGCGCCACAUCUGCUUCUUCUUCGACUACGGCGCGCUCAGCUUCUACAGCCUGGGGACUGCCGUCGUUUAUUCAUUUUACGCUUUCCCCGACAAGUGGGUGAACAGCUCCUUUCAUCAGUGGUACAUCCCCAUCGCCAUGGCCAACACUCUCAUCUGCACCGUCCUGGCCUGCUACUCCAGGCUUGGCUUUCCGUUCCUGCAAUAUAAUUGUGACUUUGUGAAAAGAUUACCUGGGAGUCCCAGUUUCAGCAAAUUCUUUCGCAUCCUUGCCUUCGGCUACCCGUACCUGUUUGACAACAUUCCUCUCUUCUACAGGGUGUUUCUGUGCACGGGGGACGGCUGCACUGACGACGACACCAACAUCCUCCACUGCAAACACAUCGCCUUGGCUGUCCUCACUGGCUUCCUGUUUGCCACCCGCUUACCUGAGCGCCUGGCUCCCGGCAGCUUCGACUUCAUAGGUCACAGCCACCAGCUCUUCCACGUGUGCGGCAUCCUGGGCACCCACUUCCAAAUGCUGGCCGUCGAGCGGGACAUGGUGACGCGGCGCGCCUGGCUCGCUGCUCACUCCAUGCCCGUCUCGUUUGCCAACUCCCUGGGUCCGGCACUGCUUUGCGUGGCGGUGAAUUUGAUCCUCAUCUGCCUCUUCAGUCUACCUCUCCUUUCUGGCCCGGCGUGGCAGAAAAGCAAACAGGGGAAAAAUAAAACGAAAGCGGCACCCAGACUCUGCUCCUGCUACUAAAUAUCUUAACCCGGGUUUUUAUAGGUGCGUGAAAAGAAACAGUAUACAAGCAUUCAGCUGUGAUAGCUGCUGUUAAAGUAUUCAAGAGCUGAGCUGAAAAUCUGGGGACGGGUUUCACAAUACUCUUAGAUGCAAUGAACGUUUUCAUAAAUGUAGGUGUUUCUAAUGAAACUUAUUCUUUUACAGAGCAGCUGGUUUGCUGUAUUAUGCAUUGGUGUUUUGUAUGUUUGUACGUCUUUUUUUUUUUUUUACUCUUCUCUGAGUGUCAUACAUGUGGUGAAUGAAGAGACCACAGGGAACAAAAAUGAUGUCAAGUUCAAAAUUCACUUUUUAAUUUUGAAUUUGCAGGCUGAUAUUGUCACUUUCAGUUUUCACGUUCAUAACUCUCAGAUCUUUUAGAGGGCACUUUUGAAGGGUUUGUUACGAUCGACAUAGAGAUGGCUUCACAAAUUACUCAAGGUGUUAUAUUGACCAGGGAUUUUGUCAUAAGAUUCAUGUUUCUGUCUACUUGCAAGUCGCUGCUAACAUAGUUCUUUUUUUUUUUUUUGCCUUGUUUUGUAAAAUAUGUAAAAAGAAGGUAUUUAAGUUCAAAUCUAUUUAUAAUUUUUCCAAAUAAAACCAAGUGUAAAUUUU